AUGGACGUCCAUAAAGAAGCCAUCCAUAGCAUCGAAACAGAUUUCAGCCAAAAAAAGAUACUUACAUCCUGUUCUGAUGGAAUGGUUCGUGUCUUUUCAAAGGGCACUGCCGAGUCUUCCCACGAGCUGGUCUUGGAGUUGGAGCUAAACGGAAACUCCGGGCCUGCAACAAAGGCUAUUUUCCUUAACCAGGGCGAAUUCAUUGCAUCUUCAUACUUCAGUGGCAAGGUCAUUGUCUGGAAGUAUGAGGGUGGAAAUUUCAAUAAGAAGUAUGAGAAGCAGCUUCUCAAUGGAUCUGUAAAUGACAUUUCUGGAAGAUGGGAUGGGAAUUCGUUUACUUUAUUCUGUGGGUGCUCUGACGGAAACGUCAGGAUCAUAACCGUAGACUCUUCCUUUGCUGUGACAGAAUCAGAAGUCUUCUGCCACCGGUUUGGGGUUUUAUCUGUCAGUGCAAUGGAAAGUGGAUUCGUGAGCGGUGGAAUGGACUACUCUGUUGCUGUGUGGGAAGGCAACGAGGAGGUUGCAAGGUUCAGGGAUCACAAAGGGUUUGUGAGGGAUGUUGCUGUUUGCCCCACAAACCCCUUCAAACUGCUCUGUAUAGCCACAUGCUCCGAAGACGGAAGCGUGAUCAUUUACACCAAGAAAGGAGAAGAGUACAAGUCGCAGAGGAUUGUCCUGGAGGAGCCGUGCUAUAGCCUUUCCUGGAGCUUUUCUGGAUUCAGCCUUAGCGUUGGGUAUGGAAGCUCUAAGUUCAAGUGUUUUGUUCCUGACUGCGAUGGAGAAUUCAAAGAAGUUGGACUUAGAAGUGUUGAGGGCUGA